UGGAGUCUUGGGGUGAGAGGGAUGUUGGGGUCCUUGAAUCUUCCGUAUCAUUAUUAUCCAUAAAUCAUAAAUCCUUACUUUGUCUUUCAGCGCGGUAUAGCUCGAGCUCCAGUUCAGGUUCGUAUGGCGAGUCUGGAGCUGGCGGCAGCGCCAGCGGCGCCACGUCCAAAGCGCGCUCUGUCGAGAACUUCGGUCAGAUCAAACCGCAAAGAGUCAAUCUGCAAUUACGACAGAAUCAAAUGCUGAAAUUAUCCUUCGCCUACUCGCGUGCCGAAGACUCCAGCAGCGGCGUGGUCACCGAGAACUCCAACAACGUCGUUAACUUGAUGCUCGAGCAGCACAACAAAAUCAAUUCAGCGGUCGAAAUUACAGACACAUCGAGUGACGCCAUCCAAAUCGUGUAUUAUUCAUCCUGUCUUAACAAAACCAACGUGAUUCAGACCAAUAAGUGUAACGGAUUAAGGGAGGGCGAUAUCGUGGAGUUCACUGCUGAGAUUACUCUGAAGGAGUGUCCGAAAGACCCGAGCAAGUGGAAGCAGACGUUCGUCAUCUACCCUGGAGUCACCUCCGAGGCUCUCACUGUGGAGCUGAAAAUGCAAUGCGACUGCCCGUGUGAACAUCGUGGACAUCACGCGUACGACGACAGCCCCGACGUGUGCAGUGGACAAGGCAUCUCCGCAUGUGGCGUGUGCAACUGCCACCCCGGCAGCUUCGGCAAGUACUGCGAGUGCUCCGAGCAGGGCGGCGACUCCGCCGACCAGGACCGCGGCUGCCAGCCCACCAACGCCAGCUCCGGCGCCGAAUGCUCCGGCCGCGGCAGCUGCAUCUGCGGCGUGUGUGAGUGCAACAAGAUGUAUAACCCCACCGAGGUGAUAUCCGGGGCGUAUUGCGAGUGCGACAACUUCUCCUGCGAGCGUAACAAGGGUCUUCCCUGCUCGGGUCCGGAGCACGGAGAGUGCGUGUGCGGCAAGUGCCAGUGCAAGCCCGGGUACACCGGCCCCGCCUGCGACUGCCUGCUCGACAACAAGUCAUGUAUCCCUCCAGGUGGUGGUGAGAUCUGCAGCGGCAAUGGGCAGUGUGUCUGCGGUCAGUGCGUGUGCAACGCCAACGGCGCACAGUAUUACUCGGGUAGAUACUGCGAUCGAGUGAGGGGGUCGCCUGUCUCUGCGGCGUGAUGAUUUCCAAAUGACGAGGCAUUAAAAAAUAAACGGAUUUAGCGUGUAAAUAAUACAUGGGAUUAUUAGAAGCUGUAAAUAAAUAAAAAUAUGUGUUUUUAUAGAAAUUAUACGACUGGGAUAAAAAAAUAUGACUGUCAAUAAAUGGUGUUCAAAUUGUUGAAAUAAAAAAUUAUAAUACACAAAAAAAAA